AUGGCCACCGAGCACCCAAGCAAGGGACAAUUUAGUAUAACGAAUACAGAAAAAUUAGUAAAUUUAAGUCAUGAUCACGAUCAGUCUACAACCGAUUCUCAUCUAAAACUAAAUGGUUGCCUCGUUAAUAAGGACAACCCAUGGGUUCGAGCCCCAUGUUCAUCUGGUGAUGGUUCUGACUCGACUACAUCUCAUGAAGGUGUUUGUAGCAAAGAUCGAGAUUGGCCAACUCUUCAAAGUGCUCUAUCACAAGUCUCACAAUGCACCACUAGUACUUUCGAUGUAUGCUCUAAACAAAAAGAUAAAAAUAAACAAAAGUUCACUGCGGUUGGUUCUUGUCAGAUAGAUUUGGGCACCAAACCAUUACAAAUCAUCAAAAGAAGAAAUGGGAACAAGCCACUGUUGAGUACAUUUUCCCGAAACCUAAUAGCACUGAUGGAUUUGUCAGUUAUCGGUCAGAUUCGCACCGGUGGAACCGGUCAGGUGAACACGAUAAGGAAAAUUAUCAUAACGGGAAAUCAAAGAUUGGAUCUAAUAGUUCUGUCGAUAAGGAGAGCUUAA